CUAUCCUCAGCUUCUAUCCUGGUUUCUCGCUGCUACGAAAGACUUCGUAUUGUGUUUUCUCUUACGUUUGUGAGCAUAGAUCAAUUCCUUUGAAACAUGUCUACCUCACAAAGGGAUCUACUUUCGCAAGUGGAAACAACAUGUGGUACACUUCUGUAUGAAUUGCAGAUAAUAUGGGAUGAAGUGGGGGAAUCCGACUCUGAAAGAGACAGAAUGUUGCUUGAGCUUGAACAAGAGUGCCUUGAAGUUUACCGGGAAUUUGAAAUCCAUGAAAUUUGAAAUCCCUUCCUAUUCUCAGCUUCUAUCCUGGUUUCUCGCUGCUACGAAAGACUUCGUAUUGUGUUUUCUCUUACGUUUGUGAGCAUAGAUCAAUUCCUUUGAAACAUGUCUACCUCACAAAGGGAUCUACUUUCGCAAGUGGAAACAACAUGUGGUACACUUCUGUAUGAAUUGCAGAUAAUAUGGGAUGAAGUGGGGGAAUCCGACUCUGAAAGAGACAGAAUGUUGCUUGAGCUUGAACAAGAGUGCCUUGAAGUUUACCGGAGAAAAGUAGACACAGCAAACAAGUGCAGAGCUCAGCUAAGGCAGGCAAUUGCAGAUUCUGAAGCGGAUCUUGCAGCUAUAUGCUCAGCUAUGGGGGAACGACCAGUGUAUGUCCGACAGCAGUCUGAGCAAAACUUGAGGGGCUUAAAGGCAGAACUCAGAGCAAUUCUCCCAGAAAUAGAGGAGAUGAGGAAAAAGAAGUAUGAAAGAAAGAAUCAAUUUGUUGAAACGUUGGAGCAGAUUCAGAAGAUAAAAAAUGAGAUUAAUAGGUCUGGUUCCCUCUCUACCUGCAUAGCAGUGGAUGAAAGUAAUUUAUCUUUAAGAAAGCUCGAAGAAUUGCAAAGAGAACUUCAAGCUCUUCAGAAAGAAAAGAGUGAACGACUUAAGCAAAUAAUGGACCAUCUAAGUACUUUGAAUUCUCUAUGCUUGGUGCUUGGUAUGGAUUUCAAGCAUACCGUCAAUGAGGUCCAUCCAAGUCUUGGAGAAUCUGAAGGAGCAAAGAACAUUAGCGAUGACACCAUACGAGCUUUAGUUGUCGAAAUCCAGAGAUUGCGUGAAGUUAAAAUACAAAGGAUGCAACAGCUACAAGAUCUUGCAACUUCAUUGUUGGAGUUGUGGAAUUUGAUGGAUACACCAGUUGAAGAGCAACAAAUAUUUCAAAAUGUUACGUGUAAGAUUGCUGCCUCAGAAAUUGAGAUAAGCGAGCCAAAUAUGCUCUCUUUGGAAUCCAUUGAUUAUGUUGCUAAAGAAGUAUCACGUUUGGAAGAUUUUAAAGCAAGCAAAAUGAAGGAGCUUGUUUUAAGAAAGAGAACAGAGCUCGAAGAAAUCUGUCGGAAAACCCAUAUGCUCCCAAAUUCAGAUAUUUCUUUGAAUAUUAUUAUUGAAGCCUUUGAGUCAGGAGCUGUUGAUGCCAUUAGUGUGCUUGAGCAGAUUGAGCUUCAGAUAGCUCAAGCGAAGGAAGAAGCUUUUAACAGGAAGGAAAUACUUGAUAAGGUUGAAAAGUGGAUGACUGCCUGUGAGGAGGAGUGCUGGCUUGAGGAGUAUAACAGGGAUGAAAAUCGCUACAAUGCUGGCCGAGGUGCCCAUCUUACCCUGAAGCGUGCUGAGAAAGCCCGUGCCUUGGUUAAUAAACUUCCUGCAAUGGUCGAGGGACUAGCAUCCAAAAUCAAGUCAUGGGAAAAUGAGAGGGGAAUUGACUUUCUUUAUGAUGGGAUUAGCCUUCUUUCCAUGCUUGAAGAGUAUCACAUUCUGCGGCAAGAAAAAGACCAAGAGCGCAAAAGGCAGAGGGAUCAGAAGAAACUUCAGGGGCAGCUGAUAGCAGAACACGAGGCUCUUUAUGGAUCAAAACCUAGUCCAAUGAAGAACCAAACCAAGAAAGGUUCUCGGCUGUCCUGUGGUGCCGUAAGUAACAGAAGGAUGUCUGUUGGAGGCAUGCAGACUCCCAAACCUGAAAUACUACAUCCCUCAAAAGCAACUCCUAAUACGCGCCAUGCCAAGAAGACUGAGCGUGUACUUCAGUAUGACCAAUCAAACCUUUCUACAGCUGAUGAUGGGUUUUCAUCUUUAUCCACAGGUCGCAGAGGUUUGGACAUAGCUGGUGUUCCCAUGGUGCGGAAUCCUUUCUCACCAAUUUCUUCAACAGAUUCCUCCUCUAGGUCCAACAUUUUGGAAGAACUCAACAGAAAACACAAUGUGAUGAUUCAGAAAACAGUAUUUACCACACCCGUCAAGACAGUUCCCCACGUGGAAGAUGAGAACAGAACUCCUCCCAUCCCUUCAACGCCAUCAACAGUGUGUACUCCCAUGCAGACAGCUUUGACACCGGUCCCCCAUACAGGUGUUCUAUAUGGGAAGGGAGUGGAAGAAAUGGAAUACUCCUUUGAAGAGAGAAGGGCUGGAUUUGUUGUUCCAAUACUGUCUUGAUAGGGUCUUUUUAAUUUCUACUACGUAGUACUGUAGUUUUUUUGGUGUGGCAAUGUUUAGUCAGUAAAAAUAUACUUACGUUAGAGGUUGUGUGCUUUGUGUUUCAGCAUCAUUAUGCUUUGAAGCACUUAAUCCAGCCAGCAGCAUCUUUUUUUUUUUUACUUAUAAAAGUCGGAAGCGUUGCUUUGCCAUUCUUAAUAGUUAAUGGGGUUGAUUCAGAAAUGAAGCUCUUGGCUGGG